CUCGGAGCUGCCUGAAAGUAUCAGCAAACUGGUUCGUUUUUCACUGACAUCCUCCAGGAUGUAGUUUGAUUCUAACAGCCUCUUCAGAUGCGAGCCCUGACACAAGUCGUGUGUCGCCGACGUUGGACUCCUUCAGCCCGCCGUCCUAUCGCUGCUCUCUCCUGUUUGGGACGAAUGGAAGAGAUCCAGGCAAGCAGCUGCUGACAACCUCCACUGAAUUCAGACGGAAAGGUGUUUCAAGCAGGAACAACCUCCUUUAAUCCCCGGUAGCCUUCGCUUUUUUUUUUUUUUUUCUCUCCUCACAUAAACUUGAAGAUAUACGGGGGAUGUGAGUGUUUGUCGUGCUGCUCCCCGCAUUGUGGUGAAGGAAUGGAUGCGAGCAGAGGCGCACCGACCGAGGCAGCUCUGACACAGACCCGGCUCCGGUGUGGUGCAGCUGUGGAAAACCCGGGAGGACGAGCCGACGGCUGCUUUUAAAACAUUAACAGGCCAGAGAUCAGCGGCUCCUUGUUAUUCAGCACGUGUUCGGAUUUGAUUUGAGGAUCUGGGAAAAAGCCAUGUUCCCUGUCUACUCUCCUGCCUCACAAUGAGAGAGAAUACACCAGCGCUUUGAUUUCUUAAUUCUCCUUCUCUUCUUGCUCUGAUUACUCCCCACUCGUGUGUUCGUGGGGCUCUGCUCUUUUUGGUGAUCGCUGUGGAAACAACUCGCUUAGAUUACAGAAGUGUGCAAGAGAGAAGAGGACGGCGCUGGCAUCUCUCCAUGCGCGCUCCGAUGGUUUUUUUUUUCCAAUAUUAAAAUGAUGGAACUGUGACUUUAAACUGAGGCAGCAGAUAUCGCAUGCUUCCUACAUCUGCUCGGUGCUCGGUGUUACGGACUGAGUGUUCAGAUGCGAUUUUGAGUGAAAUGCUCUGAUUGAGGAGCUUCUCUCUCUCUUUCUUUUUUUUUUUUUUGCCGGCUGUUAGUGACGCAACAUCUCACACAGACUGCAUGAGAAAUACAUGCGUCGAAGGGCGUGAACUUGGCAACGGCCAACAUCCUCCUCAUAAAUAAAGCAUCAACUUAUUCAUAAAGCCAAUUCGCGCGGUUUGCAGCCUCCCAGUCACCAUCCAUCCAAACUCAUCCCGCUGUUAAUAAUGGAUCUGAAAGCGGACCCGGAGGACGGGGACUACAAGCGGCCGGCUCCCAUUGAAGUUUUUGCCACCAGGUCCACGCUGCACGGCAUCUCGCACAUGUUCACUUAUGAACGAAAGUACGUGAAGCGCAGCCUGUGGAUUGUGUUCUUCAUGGCCUCUUUGGGGGUGCUGGUGAUGGUGUGCGUGGACCGGGUGCAGUUUUACUUCGAGUAUCCCCACGUCACCAAGCUGGACGAGGUGGCCGCGUCCAUGAUCGUGUUCCCCGCGGUCACCUUCUGCAACCUCAACUCCUUCCGCUUCAGCCAGGUGACUCACAACGACCUGUACCACGCUGGCGACUUCCUCGCCUUGCUCAACGGCAGGUAUGAAAUUCGGGACCCACAUCUGGUUGAGGAAAGUGUUCUGAAGAUCUUGAAGGAGAAGACGGACUUUGCCGACUACAGGCCCAGACCCUUCAACAUGCGUGAAUUCUACGAGCGAACGGGCCACGAUAUUAAGGAAAUGCUGCUGUCCUGCUCCUACAGAGGGACGGAGUGCAGCGCUGAACACUUCAAAGUGAUAUUUACACGCUACGGGAAAUGCUACACAUUUAAUUCAGGCCAAGAUGGACGACCCCUUCUGGUGACGAUGAAGGGCGGAACGGGCAACGGCCUGGAGCUGAUGUUGGACAUCCAGCAGGAUGAAUACCUGCCUGUGUGGGGAGAGACUGAUGAGACAUCAUUUGAAGCUGGGAUCAAGGUUCAGAUCCACACGCAGGACGAGCCGCCGUUCAUAGACCAGCUGGGCUUCGGAGUGGCUCCAGGAUUUCAGACCUUUGUUUCCUGUCAAGAGCAACGGCUGACCUACCUGCCCCCACCGUGGGGCGACUGCAAGUCCACAGCGAUGGACUCCGACUUCUUCAGCAGUUACAGCAUCACUGCCUGCAGAAUUGACUGCGAGACGCGAUACCUGGUCGAGAACUGCAAUUGCAGGAUGGUCCACAUGCCUGGAGAUGCCCCGUACUGCACCCCAGAGCAGUACAAGGAGUGUGCAGAUCCUGCCUUGGAUUUCCUUGUUGAGAAAGACAAUGAUUACUGUGUGUGUGAGACCCCAUGCAACAUGACUCGAUAUGGCAAAGAGCUGUCCUUUGUGAAGAUUCCCAGCAAGGCGUCGGCCAAGUACCUCGCCAAGAAAUUCAACAAGACUGAACAGUACAUUGCUGAUAACAUUCUGGUUUUGGAUAUCUACUUUGAGGCGCUGAACUAUGAAACCAUUGAACAAAAGAAAGCCUACGAACUGGCAGGCCUUCUGGGCGAUAUCGGAGGUCAGAUGGGUCUCUUCAUAGGCGCCAGCAUCCUCACCGUUCUCGAGCUGUUUGACUACCUGUACGAGGUGAUCAAGUACAAGCUGUGCAGAUGCAUGAAGAAGAAACACAAAGGCCGCAGCAGCAAUGAUCGGGGAGCUGUGCUGAGCCUGGAUGAUGUGAAACACCAUGCUCCUUGUGACAACCUGCGUACGCCGUCUACAUAUCCCGGGAACAUGCUACCUCACCAUCCGGGCCAGGGCAACUUUGAAGACUUCACCUGCUGAGCAGACCUCAGUAGAGCAUCACCGUGCGUGUUAUGCAACCAAAGCCGACCGUACAGCAACGAACUUUCUGACGCACAGACAGUGAAGAGCUGAUGCUGAUGAACAAAAACAGAGGCUUUUUUUUUUACAUAGAAACUGAGGAAAAAAAUUAUAAAUCAAUCAAACACGAUAAAGGAUUACCAUCCAACGGCCAAGUAAAGAGAGAGCCCUGAAUAUUAAGAAGUAUAUUUUGAUCUUUAGAGAAACAUUUCAUGCAGCGGUCCAAACCCUUUUGUGUUUUUCCUCUGGAAUACUGCCACAACAGAUACUGGCGGAGAAGGUUUGCCAACAACAACAACAACAACAAACUCUCUUACAGGAAUAAAGGAAAAAGAGAAAAGAAAAAGCAUCCAUUGUUACUGGAAAAUGUACAGUAAUUUCACCGCAAACAGAAAAGAGCCUCCAUGCCUUUAUGUGACACAGCAACAACACUAUCCCCCCUCCCCCACCUGCUUCUGUGACGAUCGUCAUGAUGCUUACUCCACUGUACAUGUAGCCACACAAGGAAAGGUUUGAGAAUGUAUCUCUGUCCAUGCCUGAUGGGGAAUUGGUGGAAAACGCGGCAGCAGCACAGGUGCAACAUCUACCAUUCGAAAAAUAUACUGGUGAAAAUUUCAGGUCUCAUCAUCAUGGUAAUGCAUGCUUGUAUUUGUCCAGUGCAUGUUUUUUGUUCUUUCUUUUCAUUUCUACUUCUAGUUGAUUUUUAUGUCUUUAUAUAAUAAACAUAUAUAAAUAUAUAAAUAUACAUUUACAUUGUAAUUACCAGGUCUGCCUCAAUGAUAAGCAGGUAAAAGGAAGAUGAUGCGUCUCUUAUAUUUCUGUGUUUUUGCUUAUGUGUGUGUGUGUGAAGUGUGUGUGAAGUGUGUGUGUAGGGUGUCAAACAUAAUGCCCAACCAGACGAGUGUUUAAUUGUGCAACUCUCAAUUUUUAUGUUAACUUCUUCACAUGUGCCAGAUGAGUUGAAGAAUCUUUGCUCAUCUUCAUUUAUGCUUAAAUUGACCUCAAUGAGAGGGGAUUUUUAAAAAAGAAAAAAAGUUUGUUUUCAUUUUCUUUUGGUUCUUUUCUGAACUUUUUUUAUUCAUGAAUUACUUGCGGUUCUGUAGGGCUGUUAGGAUUUUUCUGUAUCUGUGUUCUAGUUGAAAAAGUCUUACUGAAGCACAAUAUCGCAAGUAUGUAGAGGUGAUAUAAAAGAAAACAUACUAUUCCUCUUGAUAUGUCAUGUUUUUUAAAUUUUUGUUGACUUUUCAUUCUUUCAUGUUAAACUUAUUUACUUUCAUCUGACUGUCUCAAUCCAUUCAGGCUUAGCGGCCUGUCUAUUUAGUUAUUGAUGCAUAAAUAAAAUGUAACUAUCAUUUUUUAAAUUUGUCUUGGGAGGAUUUCUUCUCAGUAGCAAAUUUACUUUCAGAAGCAUUUAUAUGCUCGAGCGAACAGAGGCAAAAUAAUGUAUUUUUCAUCACCAAAUAGAGUGUGAACAUUCAUUUUUAAUCACAAGUAGCUCUUGGAAAAUCAGAUUAAGCGUCAUCAGGGGGCUACCUCUAAUCAUGUAAUCUGGAGUGCUGCCUUACCCAACACUUUCUUUUAAAAUAAGUCAGCAUUAAGGGAAAAAAGCGUUUAAGGGCAGGAAUGUGGUACCAAGCAAGAUAUUGCUUAUCUCUGUCAGCCAUUCAUUUGAAACGCUGCGAGCCACAAUGUUGGUGUUUUUUCCAGCUCAUGCCGCUAAAGCGUAAUUACACUUUCAGUAGUUAGAUGACAAAAGGACGGAUGGGAAAUAUCUUGCACUGCCAGUUUAAGUUUAAUCAAGACUAUCAAUCAACCAGCAGCUCAAAAUUCUGGGUGACAUCUCGUUUUUUUUAUGGUACAUCUGGUGCUGCCAACUGGUGCACAUGUAGCAGUUUUUUAUUUUAUUUUUUUUUUGUGAUGCAUGACUUUGUGAAUAUUGGAAACAAAAAUUGUGUUGGCUGCUGAGUCUGAAGCGCAUCGGUCCACGCCGUGGGUCAUCCGAGGAGGAGAGUGGUCGUUUUGCCUUAUAAUUCUUUCAUGAUUUCUUUUAGCGGAGGAGGCACACAUUCGGUGUUGCUCAUCAGAUGUGAGAGAACAUCCAUUUUUUAUUAGUUCACACGAGAAGCCUCUGCUGGUAGCCACACAAGCUUAAAACUUCACAUAAAGAAUCUCUUUUGUCUGCUGAAGACUUGACUGUGUUUAUUGUGCGAAACGUGACUUUUCCCCACUAAUGGUUUCAUGAUUUUGUGCUGUACCUGCCGAGAAGACAAAUUAAUUAAGAAAUAAAGAGCGAAGGUGUUCAUUUC